AUGCCCUUGCAUGAUUGGUUGGCUCUUAAACAAGGAGAUCCAGAGACUGCCAAGGAGUUGAUGGACAAUUGGAAGGCUGAGCAAGCAGAGAAAAAGGCCGAGAAGGCAGCUUUGAAGGCCGCCGCAUUGGCAGAGAAAAAGACCGAAGAGACCAGGGCCAAGAGAAAGUCUUCCGUCAAGAGAGAAGAAGGUUCGGACUCAGAUGUUGAUUCAUCGAGCAUAAUCGGAAUUGGGAAUCCUCUUGGCGCGCCAACGAUGCCGCGGAAGAAGAGAUGCUAG